UCCUCCUCCUCCCCCUUCUCCCCUCUGUCCUCCUUCUCCACCCAAGGCUAUUACCUAUGUCACCUGGAGCUCCGAGAAAGGAGAAGCUGUUGGGGUGAAAGUCCAGAAGGAGGGUGUAGAGCUGGGAGUCUCACACACCUGUCUUUCUCUUCUCUCUCUCUCUCUCCUCUCUCUCUCUCUCUCUCUCUCUCUCUCUCUCUCUCUCUCUUUCAUUUUUCCCUUCUCUCUCCUUCUCUGUUUCCCUCUGGUGUCCAGAGUCAUGAGUGGGCUCUCCCCUGGGCCCUGGCCUCUGCUGAGUAUGGUGGUCCUGCUGUGCUGGACAAGGUCCUUGGUGGUUGCCCAGGAAGAGAUCUCGGCCUUCUAUGUAGACGGACAGAGCAAUACCUCAGUCACCCUGAAGUGGGAGCCGCCUAAUAGCAACUAUACUGUCACCUGGGCUGAGGACGGCCAGGUCAUUGGGACAAGCGACACUUCAGAUACUCAGUACACAGUGAAGGACCUCCAACCUGGGACAACAUAUGAGUUCACUGUCCGUGUCCAGGGAAGCAGCUCUGGAAGGAACCUCACUGCAUCCACAUUGCCCAAUGAGGUCAGAGACCUCAGGAUGGAUGCCCGGAGCAAUGGCUCAGUCACCCUGAAAUGGCUGGCCCCUGAUGGCCCCCAGCCUGCCGAUUAUACCUACUGGAUCAGCUGGGGCAGAGAGGAUGACCUUCUUGGUGAAGACCACACAACAGAGAUGGAGCAUAUGGUGGACAACCUGGCCCCUGCCACAGUGUACAAUUUCACAGUGAGGGCUGAGAAGAAUGGUGUCAACAGCUCUGGCCAGAGUGUCCAGGAGGCCACAGUGCCCAAUGAGGUCAGAGACCUCAGGAUGGAUGCCCGGAGCAAUGGCUCAGUCACCCUGAAGUGGCUGGCCCCUGAUGGCCCCCAGCCUGCCGAUUAUACCUACUGGAUCAGCUGGGGCAGAGAGGAUGACCUUCUUGGUGAAGACCACACAACAGAGAUGGAGCAUAUGGUGGACAACCUGGCCCCUGCCACAGUGUACAAUUUCACAGUGAGGGCUGAGAAGAAUGGUGUCAACAGCUCUGGCCAGAGUGUCCAGGAGGCCACAGUGCCCAAUGAGGUCAGAGACCUCAGGAUGGAUGCCCGGAGCAAUGGCUCAGUCACCCUGAAGUGGCUGGCCCCUGAUGGCCCCCAGCCUGCCGAUUACACCUACUGGGUCAGCUGGAACUGGGAGGGUGUCCCCAGAGGGGCAGACAAGGCCACAGCUGAGCAGUAUACUGCAGAGCACCUGGAGCCUGGAAGCCCAUAUGUAUUCACAAUAUGUAGCAUGAGCAACGAAGUCAAUAGUUCUGCCCAGAUGCUGAGGGUGUUCACAGAACCCAAUGAGGUCAGAAACCUGGAGGUGGCGAAUCAGACCAACAACUCCAUUGCAUUCAGUUGGAUGGUGCCUGAGGGGCCCACUGAGCCCACCUACAAAGUGUCCUGGUUCGAAUCUGAAACACACCAGAGGCAGAUCUUCACUAGCGGGACUGUCUUCACUAACGGGACCAACUUCACUGCUUACGGCCUCACUCCAGGGACUUGGUACCAGCUCUCGGUGAGGUCUGUGACAGAGGAUGGAGCCCAGAGUCCAGAAAGGACAGUCAAUGCCUCCACAGCUCCAGACCCCGUCACCAUCACCUCCUGCACCAGUGCUGCUGCAGGCUAUGGGGUCGUCCUGACCUUGGCCUGCCCUGCGGGGAACCAGGAGAGCUUGGAAUAUCAGCUGGGUGAUCAUCAAGGCACACGGCCAGGGCCUUGCAACAGCUCCAUGUCCAUUGGGGGACUCCAGCCAGGCCAGUCCUACACGGCCAUCGUGUGGACUCUCUGGGCAGGGAUGUGUGCCGCCUCGGCUCCAGUGACCUGCUAUACGGAGAGUAGAGCCUCCAACCCAGGGGUCAUUGCAGGAGUCAUCAUUGGAGUCCUUCUCUUUAUCCUCCUCGCGGGCCUGCUCAUCUUCUUUCAUCAACGGCAUCGGAGGAAGCCCAUACAGGAGAAGCCUCAAGCCCCAGGUGUGGCCUUCAGCUUCCUGGGAGACAUCCCUGCAGAGAAUUUGGCAGCCUACGUCUUGGAGAAUCAGAAAGACAGUAAUUAUGGAUUUGCAGAAGAGUACCAGCAACUGACUCUGGAAGGCACAGGGCAGUUGCAAGCAGCCGCCUUGGCCCCGGAGAACAAGAGCAAGAACCGAUUUUCCAACGUGCUGCCUUAUGACUGGUCCCGAGUACCCCUGCAGCCCACCCCAGGGGAUCCCAGCUCUGACUACAUCAAUGCCAGCUUCGUUCCAGGUCUCGUUGGGCCCCGGGAGUACAUUGCCACCCAGGGGCCACUCCCCCAGACGAUGAGCGAUUUCUGGCACCUGGUGUGGGAGCAGCAAAGCCACACUAUUGUCAUGCUGACCAACUGUGUGGAGUCCGGGCUGGUCAAGUGUGAACAUUACUGGCCCCUGGAUGCCAAACCUUGCAGUCAUGGGCACCUUCGGGUGACUCUGAAAGGGGAAAAUGUGGCUGAACAUUGGACCAUUCGAGACUUGCAUCUGUUCCAUAUGGAGCUGAAGGAAGGCCUGUCUGUGCGCCAGUUCCACUACACUGUGUGGCCAGACCAUGGGGUUCCUCGGUCCCCAGACCCACUGCUGGCUUUCCAAGCUUUGCUCCGGAAUUGGCUGGACCAGAGCCUGGGGGGGGGCCCUCCGAUUGUACACUGCAGUGCGGGUGUAGGUCGCACGGGGACCCUCAUCGCCCUGGAUGUCCUGCUGAGGCAACUGCAGAAAUACCAGCGUGUUGGGGUUCAUUCUUUCGUCAGAAAGAUGAGGAGGAGCCGCCCGCUGAUGGUGCAGACUGAGGGACAGUACAUAUUUCUGUACCAAGCCCUCCUGAGGUUUCUGCAGCUGUCCCAGGACAGUGGGGAAGAUUGCAUAGGCCAAGAAGGUGUCCUGUAUGAGAACGUGGAAGCCAUCCAGGCCUAUGAGCAGGAGAUUGGUAUGAGAUAAGAGCCCACACUUCCUGGGGUUCAGGAUUCACCAUGCUCCCCCCCCCAUGAGACCCAGGAUCUCUGAAGAAUCAGGAGCUGGGGGUGGGAGCACCUGGGUUCUGGAUGGGGAGGGGAAGAGGGUCCAGAUGUCCGGGUCCCUCCUUGACAUCAAAUUAUGUAAUGGAGAUUUGGGGAGAUCUCUGAGGGGCUGAGUCCCGCCCUCCCCAGGAGAUGAGGAAGGCUCCAAGCUCCUCCUACUGCCUCAUCCUCUAAUACAACCUGUACAUAUUGUGCCUUUAAUUUAUUAAAUCAGUACUCCUACCUCUGGCCUGAUGC